CCGGCUCGGAUCCCCCGACCGAAGUGAUAGGCUACUCCAACGAAUCUUCAGACGGAAGAACACUGACAGAGAUUCAUUGGAGUACCCUAAGCCGCAGCUUUGCGCAGCUCGACCCACGAAAAGUUGGCGGCGUUCGCAUCGAGUGACGUGCAGUGAUUCUGAUGAGAAGACGAUGCGUUCCAAGUGCGCUGUCUGUUCCAAACUUUGCCAUUCUGCAGGCGCACUCAAGGUUCAUGUCAGGAUCCACACCGGCGAGAAGCCGUACGAGUGUACCAUCUGCAAAAAGAAGUUCAAUCAAAGAAGUUACCUCCGAACGCAUCUGCGGAUCCACACCAAUGAGAGGCCCUUCGAGUGCACCGUCUGCCACAAGAAGUUCCACCAGUCUACGUCCCUUCGGACGCACCUCCGCGCCCACACUGGGGAGAGGCCCUACGAGUGCACCAUCUGCAAGAAGACCUUCGUUGUGGCAACGCUACUGCGGACGCACCUUCGCAUCCACACUGGGGAGAAGCCAUACAAGUGCUUGGUCUGCGGUAAGAAGUUUCGUCUCAAGGGAUCCCAUCGUGAGCACCUGCGCACCCACACUGGAGAGAAGUCUUUUGAAUGCACGAUUUGCAAGGGUAAGUAUGGCCAGGCAGACCAUCUGAAGAGGCACCUCCGUAUCCACACCGGGGAGAAGGCUUUCGAAUGCACGGUGUGCCUGAAGAGGUUCGGCUUGGCAUGCAGCCUCCGAGCGCAUCUUCGGAUCCACACUGGAGAAACGCCCUUCGAGUGCACGGUCUGCAAAAGGAAGUUUGGUCGAGAAGAAAACCUCCGCAAGCACCUCCUUACCCACACUGGGGAGAAGCCUUUCCAGUGCGUGGUCUGCAACCGAAAGUUUACGUGGGCUCAAAACCUCGCUAUGCACGUUCGCACCCACAUCGGGGAGAAGCCUUUUGAAUGCACGGUCUGUGGGAAAAAGUUCAUUUCUCAAUCGGACCUACGAAAGCACCUCCAAACCCACACCGCUGAAAAGCCUUUCGAGUGCGUGGUUUGCAAUACCAAGUUUACUACGAAACCUGAACGACAGAGGCACUAUCUGACCCACACCGGGGACAGGCCGUACAAGUGUACGUUUUGCUCAAAGAAAUUUGGCAGGGAGGAUGCGUUACGGGUGCACGUCCGGAUGCACACUGGAGAUACUCCCUUUGUGUGCACGGUCUGUCAGAGGAAGUUCCUCUCAGCCGGGUCCCUUCGAACGCACCUCUUGAUCCACACUGGGGAGAGACCUUACAAGUGCACGGUCUGCAAAAAGACGUACCUCCAAGCCGGAGACCUGCGGGCACACGUGCGCGUUCACAUUGAGGAACUACCCUACGAGUGUACCGUCUGCAACAAGGGCUUCAUCCGAGCCAAAGACCUCCGGGCGCAUGUCCGCACCCACACGGGAGAAAGGCCUUUCGAGUGUACUGUCUGCAGCAAGACAUUUGUUGAAGCCCGAGACCUUCGGUCGCACGUGUACGUCCACUUGGAAAAGUCUUUCGAUUGCACGGUUUGUCAGAAAACGUAUGGUCGGGCUGACCACCUCAAGAGGCACGUCCUCAUCAGUCACGUCAAAGACAGGUCCUUCCGGUGCACGGAAUGCCUCAAAAGCUUCAACGACGAAAGCGGACUCCGAGCGCACCUCUUCAACGCCCACGUUGACGAGAAGCCGUUUGAAUGCACGGUCUGCAGUAAGAAGUUCUAUUUGGAAGGGUCCCUUCGCACGCAUCUGCGCAUCACCGGCGAGCAGCCUUCAAUGAGCAGGGUUUGUUCGAGCACUGGGCACCCUUACAAUACGGGCGAAGGCGAGAGCGAGGUCAAGAAGGAGUUGGAGUCAGAGGAGAGAGGAGACGUUACCACGGACGUGAUCGACCACAUACCGCUGCUACACGAAGCAGUACGUGUGGAGCUGCCACCCAAUGAUUCAGUUGCUGGUUCAAAGCAACUACCUUCGGUCAAGACGGAACCUGAACCUGUCGACAUCGCAGAGUUCCGAACCCCUGCGGCCGCUUCAACACCCGCAGCUGAUGCUCCCUCCAUUCCCAUCAAGACCCUCCCUCCCGCGAGAAGCCCCACGAGUCCACUACCAGUCGCGCAGCCUCGGAAGUUAUUUGCUGCACUCACCAAAUCGAUGGAGCAAGCUCGGCCAAGCCGACUGCGGCGACCACCCAGGCGAUUCAAAGAUUACAUUGUUGACUAGGUAAUCCUGCUGGUUGCCUGUUAGAACUUUUGUAAUUGUUUUUUUAAUACUCCGUGACUCCGUACUUCAGCAUAGUGCUGAUCAAUUAAUGCAUGCGAGUUUUAUAUUUAUCAUAAGCAUGUAUUAUGCGUUUUUAAUCAUUAGUUUUUUUGUUUAUUUCAAUAUAUUUUAAAUCAUUCAUGAUCAAGUGUUUUAUUAUCACAAGUUAAGUUUUACUGUUUUUAAUGGUGCUGAUAUUUUUACUUAUCUGCCUUAACGGAAGAUUAAUUCCAGUGAUUUCUGUACCCUGAAUUACACUGGUAAAAUGUAUUCCAAUUUUUCCUUUACAUCGGUGACACAUUCCGAACACGGUUCAAAUUUAUUUAGUUAAAUAAACUAAUGAGUUUCAUGCGAA